UCGGUUGCUAGGGAUUCUAGGCGUCUUCCUAGUCUGGUUGCUAGCUAAUGUGCUAGUUUGCUGUCUGUCUUGUUUUUAUGCAUAACCUUGCACUUAGUCAACAUAUAAAUAAAGAUACAUAUUUUUAAAGGUUUAAUAUUAAUUCAUAUUUCGAUGUAGACUGCGAUGUGAAAAAGCCAGUGUUUACAACUUCACAUGAAUUCCGGGAAGAUAAAGGAGAUGGGGGACAUCUUGGCCAAUGAAGCUGAUCUUCUCGGGAUGAUCAAGGAGUAUUUGAAGUAUGGUGAAUUUGAAGAGACAGUUCAUCACUUUGAGAAAGAGUGUAAAAACAAGGGGAAAGUUGUUCCAAAGCCCAGAGGCAACAGUCUUCGGGACUCAAAAACGCUGAUUAUCCAGAAGGACCUAUUGAGCUCAUUUGAUGACGGCGACUUCAAGGUGUUCUUCGAGCUGUGGACAGAGUUUGUCCCUUUGGAGGUCAGGGACUGUGAUCCUCACGCCCAGAAACUGGAGUUUUACCUUCAUGUCCACUUUACCAUCUUCCCCUUGAAAAUCCACUUGGGCAGACAUGACCGAGCAGACUUUGAGGUGAGGAUCACCCACUUCAAGCACUACCUGGAGACGCGAGGGGCAGCACUCAGUCAGACCACUGAGUUCCUACCCUACUACGCCCUCCCCUUCGUGCCCAACCCUGUGGUGCACCCCUCCUUCAGAGAUCUCUUCCAGGAGUCCUGGAUUCCAGAGAUGAAGCGAGAGCUGGAGAAGUUCCUGACUGUGACACUGAAAGUGUCCGACACUCCAAGGCUUCUGUCGUUAUAUAAGGAUGGCGGAAGGAACACCAAAGACACCAUACAGCAGCUGCGGCUGCAGCUGGCCGAAGCAGAGAAGAGGACCAGCAGCUACAUGAGGAGGUUCAAUAAGAUGCAGGCCGAUCACCACAACCUGAUAGGAGUCACUGCCGAGCUGGUGGACUCUCUGGAGGCUACAGUCAGUGGGAAAAUGAUCUCCCCAGAAUACCUCCAGAGUGUGUGUGUGCGUCUCUUCAGUAGCCAGUUGAGGCAGAGUGCGGCGCAGAGCAUCGACUUCACCAGGCCUGGCACUGGAUAUUACUCUAUGAGUCCUUAUGAUGACGGAUAUGCUUCCUCAUUGCUACGAGCGUCUAUUGUACCUCAGAGGCCUAAGGAGGUGCCGCUGCUGCCCUCUCUGGACUAUGACAAGCUGAAGAGAGACUUGCUGGGGGGAUCAGACAGACUCAAGGCCCUGCUGCUCCAGGCCCUGUGCUGGAGACUGACCCGUUCUCUCCAAGGUGAGCAGAGGGACACGGUACUGCAGGCCUACGUCAGCAACGACCUCCUGGAUUACCACAGCACCAGACAGAAACCUGUGCUCCUCUUGAUGAGGUCGAAGAACGAGAUGGUCAGGCAGUACAUGGCUCGUCUCAUCAAUGCUUUCGCAUCCCUCGCAGAGGGUCGUGUGUACCUGUCCCAGGUCCCGUCUUUGUUGAGGCUGCUCAUUGAGUCUCUAAGGACAGAGGAGAAGGACUCUGUGAGCAGAGAGAAUGUCCUGGGAGCCCUGCAGAAACUCAGCCUCAGGAGGAGCCAGCAGUCAGCCAUGAUAGAGGAUGGUCUCAUUGACUGGCUGGUAGAUGAGCUGCAGGACUCUGACUGUCUGUCUGACUACACUCUGGAGUACGCUGUGGCCCUGCUCAUGAACCUAUGUCUACGCACCAGAGGUAAGAGGAAGUGUGCUGAGAACCCUAAAUACGUGCUGAAGGUUCUGACUGACCUUCUGGGACACGAGAACCACGAGAUCCGGCCCUACGUGAACGGAACCCUUUAUAGCAUCCUGUGUAUUCAUGCAGUGCGAGAGGAAGCCAAGGAAAUGAGUAUGGAGGAGAUUCUUCACUGCUACAGUAAAGAGGAGAACCCGGAGCUCAACAGGCAGAUUGAGUUUAUUAUCAAACAGCUCAACUCAGGGGAGGUGACUGAAGAGGGACCAGAGUCUGAUGACGAAGAGGAGGAUGACGAUGAUGAGGAAGACGCGAUAGAGACGGACCUUGAUAAAGAGGAAGUGCUUCAGCUGCAGCCCAGAGAGUUGUCCGGAGAGACACUACUGACCACAGAGUACCUGGGGAUCAUGACCAACAUGGCGACGAGGGUGAAGAGGAGAUCGGCAGCUCCUCUUGGACGGAGUGUCGAUGAACCCCUGCAGCGACCCGUGACCCCCAUCUCCCACCGAAACACACACAUCAUGGACUUCCGAGGAGGCAGCGAGGGCGACAGGGGUGAGGUAGGGUACCCCUUGAGCAGACAGAGGAGCGAGGACAGCCUGCCCCCGUCCCGCUACAGCUCCCGCCCCCCCACCCGCUCCGGCAGCCGACCCAGCACCAGCGAAUCCCUGCACCACUCCAUGGACUCAGAGUGUGGCCGCUCGUCCCAGGAGUCUGGUGGGUCAUAUGAAGGACGAAGAGCCCAGGAGGGGGAGGAGCGCAACGGACACUCUGCCAGCAUUGAUAAUGUCCCCGGGUUUACAAGCCGGCCCAAGAUUCCCCGCACGCCGGAGAGUGAUGCACCAGGCGUGGAUCCUCGGAGGGGUCGCGUUGUCCCGCCACUGGCCCCCCAGUUCUCCCAGUCUGAGCCCCAGCAGAGCAGCAGCCGACCUGGAUCAGGGGCCUCCGUCACAGUGGGAGGGCCAGGGGGUGGCAGACAGAGCAGCCAGUCGUACACAGGAAGUGAAAAGGACCUUUCACCACGGGGCCGCCAUAUCUCCUGAGGAGCCUCCAGCUUCCUGUAACUCCAUCCGCAGGUUGUGAUCAGGGUCAGGGCAUUAGAGAGGCUAGAGGUCGGUGGAGAGGUGGAGGGAGAGAGAGAGGGGUAGGAAGGAGGGAGAGGUAGAGGA